GAAGUCUCCAUACAAGUCAAUGGUAAAUCUGACGUCAUUUCGACUUAUCAGAAUGUAAUUAGAGAUAUCUCAAAUAGUUAUUUUGUCUAGUCGAAAUAUAAUUGGAGAUAUCUUAAAUCGCUAAAACGUCUCUAAAACAAUUUGAGAUAUCUGGAAUGUAAGGGCGGUAAAACCGAAUUUAUGUUAAAACGGCUUGCCAUAGCCACGACUUGGUUUUGGCCUGAAAAAGACACGUCAGAGUCCCAUCGUGCACUUGCCUCCUCGGGAACGCGCAGCGCCUGGGUCAAGGCGUGCGUACAGGCUCAUUAGUCGGGUACAGACUGGAAACAAAGUGUCUCCCUGCGAAGCUCCUCCUGAGUGGAGAACCCCACUCAGGAGAUGGCCAUCGAGGUCUCUGUUCACCUGACCACGCAGACAGAGUGUGCUCUGUGGGGGCGUAGGAGGUGAGGCUCACAGCUGUUACCGGACAGAAUGGCAGCGCUGCGAAGUCACAACAACACGACUUUGUGGAACGGAUCCUCGGUGGAGCAGAACCGGACCAGCAGCCUGAAUGAUGUUGACGUGCCAGCGGAUGGAUCUCCGACUUUGCGCAUUCUCAUCUCCACCGUCUACUCGGUCGUGUGCGCUGCGGGACUCCUGGGGAACUUGCUGGUGUUCUUCCUGAUGAAAGCGCGCAGGGGUCGGAGAAAGAGACCCAGUAUCAACCUGUUCAUCCUGAACCUGGCGGUGACGGACUUCCAGUUUGUGCUCACUUUGCCGUUCUGGGCGGUGGACAUAGCUCUGGAUUUCAGCUGGCCCUUUGGAAACGCCAUGUGCAAAAUCAUUCUCACAGUGACGGUGAUGAACAUGUAUGCCAGCGUGUUUUUCCUCACAGCCAUGAGCGUCACUCGGUACUGGUCCGUGGCUUCUGCUCUGAAGGACAGGACCCGGCAGCGGGUGUGCCCGGUGCACUGGGUGAUUCCCGGACUGUGGCUCUGCGCCAUGACGGCCUCUUUGCCAACCGCAGUGUUCUCUACGGUAAGAAGGGUGGCGGGGGUGAGACUCUGUCUAAUGGGCUUCCCAGACGGCAAGCCUUGGCUUUUGCUUCACCAUCUUCAAAAAGUUUUGGUAGGUUUUGUGUUCCCCAUGCUGAUAGUGACGGUGUGCUACCUGUUGCUGCUGCGUUUCGUCCGUCUGCGCAGUAUGAACAACAAUCAGGUGAAACGGAGCGCCACGGUGACCCGAUCGGUCACCAUCGUGGUCCUCUCCUUCUUCAUUUGCUGGAUGCCGAAUCACGCCAUCACCUUCUGGGGUGUUCUGGUGAAACUGAAUGUGGUCAACUGGGAUAAAGCCUAUUACAUGGUGCACACAUACCUCCAUCCGGUCACCGUGUGCCUGGCGCACACCAACAGCUGCCUGAACCCGGUUUUGUACUGCCUCAUGCGCAGGGAGUUCAGGAAGAAGAUAAAAGAUAUGUUCUGGAGGACUUCCUCUCCCUCGGGGAGGGACACAUGUCAUCUGCAGCCAUUCUCCAGAACAACCAGAGAGCUGGACGACACGCAAACUGCUAUCCCGCUGAACAACCUAGAGACGGCUUUUACAGACCAGUGCGACACGGAUGCGUUCCAGACGUAGCAGGACCGCAGUGGAAAAACAGCACCAACGUUAUCAUCAACGUCCGAUCAUCAACUCAGUAAUCACCUCACCGAGCACCAUUUGUGGAUAUCCUGAUUUCUCUGCGAGUGUUCGUGUGUGUUCAACAAACUCAAAGUGUAUAAAUGAUGUAUUUUGUAAUGUCCUUAUGUUUGAAGCUUCUGUGCUCUCCCUAAUGUAAAUGUAGCUCAGUGCUGCUCUGCAUGGUGUUUUAACAACUUGGAUUAAUUAAAUAGAGGAU